AAGGGGUGCAAGAGGGGGCCAGGAUCCAGGCCUCCAUCCCCAAAGAAGUGAAGUUGCAGCUGGGAGGUCUCCUCCCACUCCAAUCAUCAUCAUGGGUCCCGCCGACUGCCCACCUCCUCCUCCUCCCCCUCCCCCCCACAACAACAACAACAACGACAAGCACAGCGGCCAUAAGAGCCCCUGCGUGCCCAACAUGACCGAACGCAGGAGGGAUGAGCUCUCUGAAGAGAUCAACAACUUAAGAGAGAAGGUCAUCAGGCAGUCCGAAGAGAACAACAACCUGCAGAGCCAGGUGCAGAAGCUCACAGAGGAGAACACCACCCUUCGCGAGCAGGUGGAAGUGGAGCCCACCCCUGAGGAUGAGGAUGAUGACCUCGAGCUCCGUGGAGCUGCAGCUGCUGCUGCCCCACCCCCUCCGAUCGACGAAGAGUGCCCAGAAGACCUUCCUGAGAAGUUCGAUGGCAACCCAGACAUGCUCGCUCCUUUUAUGACCCAGUGCCAGAUCUUCAUGGAAAAGAGUACUAGAGAUUUCUCAAUUGAUCGUGUCCGCGUCUGCUUCGUGACAAGCAUGAUGACCGGCCGUGCUGCCCGCUGGGCCUCAGCCAAGCUGGAACGAUCCCACUACCUGAUGCACAACUACCCAGCCUUCAUGAUGGAGAUGAAGCAUGUCUUCGAAGACCCUCAGAGGCGAGAGGCUGCCAAACGCAAGAUCAGACGUCUGCGCCAAGGCAUGGGGUCUGUGGUCGACUACUCCAACGCUUUCCAGAUGAUUGCCCAGGACCUGGAUUGGAACGAGCCUGCGCUGAUUGACCAGUUCCACGAGGGCCUCAACGACCGCAUUCAGGAGGAGCUCUCCCACCUCGAGGUCCCCAAGACGCUGUCCGCGCUGAUCGGCCAGUGCAUUCACAUUGAGAGAAGGCUGGCCAGGGCCGCUGCCGCUGCCGCUGCCGCUCGCAAGCCGCGCUCCCCGCCCCGGGCGCUGGUGCUGCAGCACCCUCCAGGCCACCACCAGGUCGAUCCCACUGAGCCUGUGGGAGGUGCCCGCAUGCGCCUGACCCAGGAAGAAAAAGAACGACGCAGAAAGCUGAACCUGUGCCUCUACUGCGGAACAGGAGGUCACUACGCCGACAGCUGUCCUGCCAAGGCCUCAAAAUCUUCGCGCGGGAAACUCCCCGGCCCCGCUGUAGAGGGACCUUCAGCGACCGGGCCAGAAAUAAUAAGGUCCCCACAAGAUGAUGCUGUUUCAUCCCCACACUUGCAAGUGAUGCUCCAGAUUCAUCUUCCAGGCAGACACACCCUGUUUGUCCGAGCCAUGAUUGAUUCUGGUGCUUCUGGCAACUUCAUUGAUCACGAAUACGUCGCUCAAAAUGGAAUUCCUAUAAGAAUCAAGGACUGGCCAAUACUUGUGGAAGCAAUUGAUGGGCGCCCCAUAGCAUCGGGCCCAGUUGUCCACGAAACCCACGACCUGAUAGUUGACCUGGCAGAUCACCGUGAGGUGAUCUCAUUUGAUGUGACUCAGUCUCCGUUCUUCCCCAUCGUCCUAGGGGUUCGCUGGCUGAGCACACAUGACCCCAACAUCACAUGGAGCACUCGAUCUAUUGUCUUUGAUUCCGAAUAUUGCCGCUACCACUGCCAGAUGUAUUCUCCAAUACCUCCGUCCCUGCCACCGCCAACACCACAGCCCUCACUUUACUAUCCAGUAGAUGGAUACAGAGUUUACCAACCGGUGAGGUAUUACUAUGUCCAGAAUGUGUACACUCCAGUAGAUGAGCACGUCUACCCAGAUCACCGCCUGGUUGACCCUAACAUAGAAAUGAUACCUGGAGCACACAGCAUUCCUAGUGGACACGUGUACUCACUGUCUGAACCCGAAAUGGCAGCUCUUCGAGAUUUCGUGGCAAGAAAUGUAAAAGAUGGCCUAAUUACUCCAACGAUUGCACCUAAUGGAGCACAGGUUCUCCAAGUGAAGAGGGGGUGGAAACUGCAAGUUUCUUAUGAUUGCAGAGCUCCAAACAAUUUCACUAUCCAGAAUCAGUAUCCUCGUCUAUCUAUUCCAAAUCUAGAAGACCAAGCUCACCUGGCAACUUACACUGAAUAUGUACCUCAAGUACCUGGAUACCAGACAUAUCCCACGUACACCACGUACCCGACCUACCCAGUAGGAUUCGCCUGGUACCCCGUGGGACGAGAUGGACAAGGAAGAUCACUCUACGUACCUGUUAUGAUCACUUGGAAUCCACACUGGUACCGUCAGCCUCCGGUACCACAGUACCCGCCGCCGCAGCCGCCGCCCCCGCCGCCGCCGCCCCCGCCGCCUCCAUCCUACAGUACCAUGUGA